AUGGGGCCCCGUGGAGACGGCGUCCGCUUCAUCUCCUCCGGCGUCAAGCUCCCGCGCGCCUCCCCGGCCCCUGCCCCGGCGCACGCCCUGCUCUCCGCCGCGCUCCCCCCGUUCGCUCACAUCGGCCGGGCCAUCGACGCCGCGGCCCGCCGCGUCGCCGCGUCGUUCCCCCGCGUCCCAGCCGCGCGGGCCGAGACGCCGGCCGCGCCCUUGCCGCGGAGGCACGGGAAGGACGGCGGCGGGGCCGGGGGCGAGGAGCGAGUCCUAAUCAGCGAGGUGGCGGUGCGGGGAAAGGACGGGGAGCCCCUGGAGAGGCCCGAGCUGGAGGAGGCGGCCGCCGCGGCCCUGCGAGCGUGCCGCCCCAACGCGGCGCUCACGGUGAGGGAGGUGCAGGAGGAUGUGCACCGCGUGGUGGAGAGUGGCCUCUUCCGCUCCUGCAUGCCCGUUGCUGUCGACACCCGCGACGGCAUUCGCCUUGUCUUUGAGGUGGAGCCGAACCAGGACUUCCACGGGCUGGUCUGUGAGGGUGCCAACAUGCUGCCUUCCAAGUUCCUAGAUGACUCAUUUCGCGACCGCCAUGGGAAAAUAAUCAACAUAAGACAUUUAGAUCAAGUGAUUAAGUCCAUUAACGGAUGGUAUCAGGAGCGCGGUCUUACUGGCAUGGUUUCGUAUGCUGAGAUCCUUUCUGGAGGAAUUCUAAGGCUACAAGUUUCUGAAGCUGAGGUUAAUAAUAUCAAUAUUCGCUUUCUGGAUAGAAGAACUGGUGAACCAACUAUCGGGAAAACAAAACCAGAGACCAUACUUCAGCAGCUUACCACCAAGAAGGGUCAGGCAUACAAUAGAGCACAAGUGAAAAGAGAUGUUGAAACAAUACUCACUAUGGGAAUUAUGGAGGAUGUCACAAUAAUUCCGCAGCCUGUGGGAGAUUCUAAUAAGGUGGAUCUUGUCAUGAAUCUUGUUGAACGCAAAUCCGGUGGUUUCUCUGCUGGUGGUGGCAUUUCGAGUGGGAUAACAAAUGGGCCUCUUUCUGGAUUAAUAGGCAGCUUUGCAUAUUCUCAGCGGAAUGUUUUUGGGAGGAACAAGAAGUUGAAUCUCUCACUAGAGAGGGGCCAAAUAGAUUCUAUAUUUCGUUUAAACUACACUGACCCUUGGAUUGACGGUGACAAUAAGAGGACCUCCAGAACUGUCAUGGUUCAGAACUCUAGGACCCCUGGAACACUUAUCCAUGGUGGGGAGCAUCCUGACCAUAGUCCUAUUACAAUUGGACGGGUAACUGCUGGCAUUGAAUAUAGCCGACCUUUCAGGCCUAAAUGGAGUGGUACUCUUGGAUUGAUAUUUCAGCAUGCUGGUGCUCGUGAUGAUAAAGGCAAUCCUAUGAUCAGAGAUUUCUAUAACAGCCAAUUAACUGCAAGCGGAAAUCCUUAUGAUGAUACAUUACUUGCUAAGCUUGAAAGUGUCUACACAGACUCUGGAGAUCAUAGCUCUACAAUGUUUGUUUUCAACGUCGAGCAAGGUCUGCCCAUUCUUCCAGAGUGGCUUAGUUUCAACAGAGUGACAGCCCGUUUGAGGCAGAGCUAUGAAAUUGGUCCUGCCCGACUUCUUCUAAGUGCUUCUGGAGGUCAUGUGGAGGGAAACUUUUCGCCUCAUGAAGCAUUUGCAAUUGGUGGGACAAACAGUGUAAGAGGAUAUGAAGAAGGUGCUGUUGGUUCUGGCCGCUCAUAUGCAGUUGGUAGUGGUGAAGUCUCUUGCCGCUUGUUUGGUCCGUUGGAAGGUGUGGUCUUUGGUGACUAUGGUAGUGAUCUUGGCUCUGGUCCAACAGUUCCUGGUGACCCAGCAGGAGCACGUGGGAAGCCAGGAAGCGGUUAUGGGUAUGGUGUUGGCAUCCGUGUGGACUCCCCGCUGGGACCUUUGAGACUUGAAUACGCUUUCAAUGACAAACAAGCAAGACGAUUUCACUUUGGGGUUGGGCACAGAAAUUAA